AGUCAGUUUGGCUCAAGCAAUUUUGGCUGAAGCCCUGUUUCCCCACGCCGUUAAGCCAGUAUCAACCAUCAGCCCUUCGUACGUAAGGAAUAGUACAGUCCAGCAUCGGCAAUGAUAUCAAAGAGGUCAAAUCCGAUUGUGUACUCAAUUUUUUUAAGUUUGUGCGAUAUAGGAGCUUUGAGCUUGCACUUGAAGGCGAAUGGGACAACGCCAUGCGAUUUGACGAAAGGGAGAUGGCAGAUGUCAGCGAAGCCGCCAUUGUAUGACAUAUCUCAUGUCGACGGAGAAUUCAAAUGCCCCCGCAGCAAAUCAGAUGACAUUACUAAAUACGCAUGGGUUCCAGAUGACUGUGAGUUACCACUUUUCAACGCAAGCAAAAUGCAGCACAUCUUUUCUCGGCGUCCCAUAUUCAUGGUCGGGGAUUCGCUAGUUCGCAACACCUACGAAUCAUUGCGCAUGUUAAUGCCAACGGUUGAUAACAUACAUUUUGACUUUGACCGGUAUCUUGGACAUAGGUGUGGUGCACCUAAUGAGCCGGCAGCAAAAGAGCAAUUUCCCAUUGAGCGCGAUCACGAUAGUUUGGGACUGAGUGGUUGCGCUGUGGAGCUUGACGAAAUUUCUACCACGGGCACGUUUGGCAAGUUAUUGAACAGCUCUAUCCUGAUGCUCGGUGGUGGACACCAUUUUGCGCGUCGUGGCAACACAUAUCACUAUAGAGACAGGACUCUCGAAGACACGGGUGGACGUAUCAAUAUUGAGGCAUUCACCAUUGCUAUUGAACUUGUGUUUCGCACAUUAGAGAAGAUGGCAUUCACAGGAGACGUCAUUUUACAAACCUAUAGCCCAGGGCAUUUCUUUCAUGGCGAUUGGGAUUCGCAUGGCAGUUGUAACGGACAGACGGGGCCAGUGAAUAACAUUAGUGAGUACGCCGAUUUAGGAUCUGCGUCUUUCUCGGACAUCGAAGCAGUAAACUCGAUGUUGCGUUCCACUGCCAAGAAUCCAGACUGGAAGUUCGGUGUUCGUAUUUUCGAUAUCACCGCCAUGAGCUGGGGACGAGCAGAUGCUCAUCCUGGUGAAGUCUCCAAUGAUUUACCCGGCAAGAUCACCAAAAAUGAUUGCCAGCAUUGGUGCUUGCCAGGAGUUCCAGACGUUUGGAACCAGGCCUUGCUACACAUACUGAGCGAUCUGUUCGCGUGAGGAUCUUGCCAGAUAGUAGCAGAGCGUGGGCCCCAACAGCCGGUUCAUUCAGAUUUCCUUCGCAGCGCAGAAACUCUUGGCGAGGAUUGGCCCGUCAUUGCAAAUUCAACGCAGACCACAAAAGGGAGGAUACUGUUUCCUGGGGCAAACACACUAGUCGCUCACAUCGGUUAUCGAGCGCGUGUGCGCAUCAGAGUUGUAUGAAUACGAUUGGAGUUGCUUCGGUUACCAGACGCCGGACGUGUCCGAGGCAUGAGGUUGCAAACGAGUGUGUUCAAGUGUCGCCAUCGUCAAUCACCAUCAUCGUAAUUUUGUGUUCAUGCACGUGUUUGGCGCGCCGACCUGUAUUUAGGGCGUGGUUGGCGUCUCCACCUUGCUUGCGUUUGCCUGGUCGACGCGCGUUUGGCGCGUCGCCUGGUGACUGGCGCGCGUUUGGCGCGUCGCCUGCCGCGCCGUUCGGGAGGAAACAUUGUGGCGUGGAGAUUAAAGUUUUUUUGAGAGCACCCAAGAUGUUGCAAGACGGCGUUGGAGAGGUCAAGAGCGCUCAACGAGGGCCCAGCAUGGCUUUCAGGCAGCCCAAGAGGCCCCGCAUACGCCCCAAGAGGGCGGCCUCUAUCCAUGACGGUUGUGCUCACGGCACAUUUGUACACAAGUUUGCUACCCGUGCCGGUCGUGCUCAGGGCACAGGGGGACGCAAGCGAGGUGAAUGGGAUCACCACCCAGAUUUUCAGCCACCUUGGCUCGUGCCAGCUCAGACCGCUCGGGUUUGCACGCAGGCGUGCUCGCGACGGUGAUUGUCCGUCAAAGGUGCGGCGCCCGUCACGGCGCCCAAAUGUGCCAUGUCCGCGCCUCCGCGAGCGCCCAACGGUCACCAACAUCAUUUUCACAUGCUUCACUUCAGCUAUCAUCACUCCAGCCAU